AUGUCGUGGCAAGCUUAUGUUGACUCCAGCCUUAUCGGCAGCGGUCACCUUGACCAGGGUGCUAUCAUCAGUGCCGCUGGUGACAGUGUCUGGGCCACGUCUGCUGGAUUCACGGUUCAACCGGACGAGAUGAAGAACCUCGUUGCCAUCCUCGCCACCACUAAGGAUGCCGUCGAUAAGGCCCACGCCGAGGGUGUUCACGUUGCAGGCCAACGAUACGUCGUCACGAGAAUCGAGGACCGGAGCAUCUAUGGCCGAUUCGGCAAGACUGGCAUUGUCGUGGUCAAGACAAAGCAGGCUGUCCUCGUUGCUCACUACGGUGAGAACGUCCAACCCGGAAACGCAGUGCAGACCGUGGAGGCACUGGCCGACUACCUCAUCAAGGUUGGCUAUUAG